GGGCUCUGGGCACACACAGAUCAGACCUCUCUUUCGAGCAGAAUUAACUCUGAGCCGGGUUCCUGGCUGCUAUUGCCCCAUUGUGGUGUAUUUCUAAAGAGCCCAAUAGCAGUACUUUCUGCCAUGGCAUCUGAUGGAAAACACAGGAUGAAGUUGGCCUGCAAAUAUUGCUUCAAAAUGACAGACAGACUUUCAGGCCACCUCCGUCAGCUCUGUAGGAAAGGGGCAGAUGAGGCUGAGAUCCUGGCUCUGGUACAGGAGGCACGGGCCACUGUGAGAAAGGUGGCAAGUAACCUGAGUGUGGUGCGGUACCAGUACCUGAAGGCUGGGGUGGAUUCAGACCGAUCACUGGAUUUCUUCAUAGGGUUCCUAGAGUCCAAGGGAUGUUUCAUCCGUGAUAAACCAUCAGAAACGCAAAGUUCUAGCACUGAGAUUCCAGUAGAGGAGGUCCAGAAGAAAGAGAAGGAAGAGGCCGGGGUCCAGCGUCCCACCUCAAGAGUCCCGGCUGCCAUAGGCGCAGGUAUAGUGGAAACGUCUCCACUGGUGAGAGGAAGAUCUGCCAAAUUCAGAGAUGUAUGAAGAGUUGAGGAUGAACCAGACACAUACGAAGGGCCAAGCACAUAUUGGAACACUGGGAAGCCAAAUAUCCAAAAAGAAAGGUGAACAAUGACCCCCAGAUAUAAAGCCCUAUGGACAAACAGCAACAGAAUGGACCUGCCAUAGUUGAAGGGGACUUUGUGUCCAACUGCCACCGACCAAUAAUUUAUGGCCAACACCGACAACCUUUAAACUGAAUUACAACUGCCCCAUUCCCCUUCUACCCUGAACUCUCGGUGACAUAUGGGUGCAAGAUCAACCUCUCCAGCUCACUGACUGAAAAGUAUUUUGCUCCCAGGCCCUUCAUAUUCUUUGUGGACUAUAUGGACAUUGAUGUUGGCACUAAGCCUUUUGCCAGACUAUGGAGUCUUUAGCAGAAGGAGCAUUGAUGGACGAGUAGGUUUUUGACAUUGCUUAGGUACUGACCAGCUUCUUCCAAAGACUUUACUAAAUCUAUCCUGAUGGCCAUUGGCCCUAACAUGACCAUCGAUGUAAUAAAUAUCAAAUUUUCUUA